ACCACCGCAACCGUUGCUGUUUAAUUUUCCUUUUUAGUUUAGCCGGUGGUCAGGUCAAUCCGUUGAAUGGAUACUUAUCAUGGCUGUUGGUGGAACUUGGAAGGAAAGUAGGAGCAGUAAUUAUUUCUCGUCUCACUAACAUCUGCUCUGCUCCCCCGUUCAGCUUCAGCUUCAGCUUCAAUUUCCACUUCAACUUCGACUGCAUGGGGGUUUUGCAGUAAAUGCAAAAUGCUUUUGCAACUCCUCCCCAGCCCAGGGCGACUCAGAGUCAGCGACCCGGCCUUACCUACGCUACAGUAGCUUCUCGCGUCUCCCCCUCUCCUCCUCCUCCUCCUCCACCACCACCACCGCUCCUGCGCUGCGCUACCACACCUCCGACGCCCCGGAUCUCUCCGCCACCUUUAUCCUUGCUUCCUCCCCAAAGGCUCAAUUUCACCCUAACUGAAGAUUUCCAUCCCGUUGAUUAGCUUGGGCUGGCCUGACAUAUUUUGUUCUCCAGCCGUUAAACAUGUCCGGACAGAGCCAGCGCCUAAAUGUUGUGCCUACCGUUACUAUGCUUGGGGUGAUGAAAGCUCGGCUUGUUGGGGCCACAAGAGGGCAUGCGUUGCUCAAGAAGAAGAGUGAUGCAUUGACUGUGCAGUUUCGGCAGAUUCUCAAGAAAAUUGUGUCCACCAAAGAAUCGAUGGGGGACAUCAUGAAAACUUCAUCCUUUUCCCUUACCGAAGCUAAAUAUGUUGCGGGUGAGAACAUCAAGCACAUUGUUCGUGAAAGUGUUCAAAGUGCUGCACUCAGGGUUCGAUCGCACCAGGAGAAUGUUGCAGGUGUGAAGCUCCCCAAAUUUGAGUAUUUCUUUGAAGGGGAAACCAAGAAUGAUUUGACUGGACUGGCAAGAGGUGGCCAGCAGGUUCAAGCUUGCCGUGCAGCUUAUGUGAAGGCCAUUGAGCUGCUUGUUGAGCUUGCGACCCUCCAAACGUCCUUCUUGACACUCGAUGAAGCAAUCAAGACCACAAACCGUAGGGUCAAUGCCUUGGAGAAUGUUGUCAAGCCGCGUCUAGAAAACACGAUCAAUUACAUCAAAGGAGAGUUGGAUGAGUUGGAGAGGGAGGAUUUCUUCAGGCUGAAGAAGAUACAAGGAUACAAGAGACGGGAGGUUGAGAAGCAGCGGGAGGCUGCCAUUGCAUAUGCUGAAGACAGGGCUGCUGAAGAAAUGUCAUUGAAGAGGGGUAUUUCUGUUGGUGCUGCCCAUGACAUGUUGUCCCGAGCAACGCAGAAAGACGAGGACAUAAUCUUUUGAAAGUUGAAAUGUUGGUCUGGUAUUGUUCAAUUUUAAUACUCCUACUCCAUGUGCCGUGCUGUGAUGUUACUAUCUGCUAUUGGCUUCCCCUCCCCUACCCUACCCUCUGAAUCGAAUAAGAGCCGGUGGUCAUUGGCUUGGCUCCCGUUACGGUGAUCUGUGUUAAUGAUGUAAUUGAAUCAUAUAUACCUCCUGUAGAUUAAACUGUGUGAGUGUUGUUACUUUA